GCUGGGUGGCGAGCCGCCACUCCUGGGUCUCUGAGGUCACCGUCCUGCAGCUGGAGGUGCAGCGUCCCAGACCGUCGAGGACUGCCCCGAGAUUUCUGGGGUGGAGGUCAGAGGUCGGAGGUCGUGCCUUUGUGGACUGUUGGGGCCCCACCCAUUUAAGCAUAGAGGCGGGCCGCUCUCGGUUUUUAUAGUCAGCUCCCUUUCGCGGAAGGGGCUCCGAGGGAAACAGGCCUGCGAGCCGCCGGGGCUCCUGGCAGGCGCUGAGCUCCGACGGGAAGGUCCGCCCGAGCUCGGGCCGUCGCAGGUGACCCUCGGGCACCCGGAGAGCCGCCUCCUCCCUCCCUCAUCCGGGCCGGCGGAGCCCCCGGAGUGCGGGGAGGGGGCUGGGGCGAGGUGGGGCGGGGGGGGGUCGCUCCGUGGCCACGCUGUCCCGAGGGGGCCGCAUCUCUUCCUGGCUCCGAAGAAACCCGGAGCCAACCCUUUUUGAAGCUUUCGUUCCCGGGUUGGAGAUUUCAUUUCUGGAAGUUCAUUCGAGCAACUUGGAGAGGGGAAAGGCUUGUAUUGUGCCUUCCGCACUGGUCGGGAAGUGAAAAUAACCAGACACGGGGAGGUUCUGAAGGCCAAGGGACCUGUGAGAAACCGGACGAAUUUCUUAGUUUGACAGAAAUCUUCCCCCAGCUUGCCUCACAUGUUAUAUAAUUCAAGUCGUUUCAAAAUCAAGAUUAUUUAGUCUCAUAGUUCUUCUAAUUAAGAAAAUGAGGCAGAAGGAAGUGUUAGCCAAGACCUUCCAAGGCCCAGCCAUGGUCUGUAGGACUCCGACCAGCCACAUUUACAUGUUUGAGAAUGGUGUUGGGGACUCCGGGGACUCCUCUGAGGAAGAGUCCCACCAAGUAGCUCUGCGGCCCCGGGGCAAGGAGCGCCAGAAGAAGGGUGCCCACCACCCUCACCAGCCAGGAGCAGGGGACGUGGUGCUGCUGCAGCGGGAGCUGGCCCAGGAGGACAGCCUCAACAAGCUCGCUCUUCAGUAUGGCUGCAAAGUUGCAGAUAUCAAGAAAGUCAACAACUUCAUCAGAGAACAAGACUUAUAUGCUUUGAAAUCUGUUAAGAUUCCAGUGAAAAACCACGGGAUCCUAACAGAGACCCACAAAGAACUCAGACCCCUCCUGAGCUCAUCUACAGAGACCAGAGUGACCUUCGAGGAGCAGCCAGACCCAGACAGAGCAGCUGUCAGUGCCGGUGCCUCGUCUAACCCACUGACGGAUUUCUUUAAGGGCAUUGACCAGAAUAUUGAGCAUGCAGUGCAGUCAGAAAUCUUUUUGAGUGAAAGUUGCUGCAUAGAGACCUCCAGUCAGCCAUUGCUUCCGACUCCUCCGAAGAUACCUACAAACGGUGCAGACUGUGGAAUUCAGAGGUGGAAUGCUGUUUUUAUCAUGCUUCUGAUUGGAAUUGUUUUACCAGUGUUUUAUUUGGUCUAUUUUAAAAUACAAACUACUAGUGAGAUCCCUAGUAUCUUGAAUACAACUGCUGUCCCUAAUGGCUCGAUGGCAGUGAGUGCAGUUCUAGGGCAAUCCCCCAAAUUAGCGAUUCCAUUGCCAACCAUCCCCUCUUCAGACAGCCAGUUCAGUCAGACCACCCACGGGAAGAACUAGCUCUUGUUGUUUCUAAGGAAUCAGGGCAGCUUUAGCACUUGGGCUCCUAAUGUGCAUCAGCCGACAUUGGCCAUAUCUUAGCGUGCUGCAUUUUUUUUUCUGUGACAUAUGGACGCGUUUCAGAAGCCACCAUCAUGUCAAUCACAGUCAUCAUGGGGAAUAGACUCGCCUGAUCCAAGGCUGCGGGAGCCAAAACACCAGCGUCCUCAACCUCCUACAUCUAAAGAGGAGCGGCAGGAGAGACAUUUACACAUGACAGAUGCUGUUCCUUGAAGGCGUUUAGUGGACUGGCCAUGAGUGUCUUCACAAUAGCACUGUGUAGGUCCCCAAGCUGGACAUGCUUGGAGGGAGAUGAAUGGCCUUGGCAGAUGGACCUGCAGUAUGGGAGCCCCUGGUAUCAGCUUUGGUUGUCUGGAUGUUUGCUUUGUCCCCUGCCUGCUGUGGAGGAGUGACUGGCUCUGACAAAUGAAGUUUUGUGUCCCCCCCAACAAAGGUGUUGUGCAAUAGCGAUGGGUUGUCACCCUGUUUCAGAGUGUGACACAUGACAUUGUAAUAAGCCCUGCUUCACAUUUGCCCCCUCAGACAGCCUUUUUGAGGCAAUGUCAUAUCUAGAAUUUAAAAAGCCCUAAAUCUAAAUUGCUAUAAUACUGAAUAAAUAGCAGUUCUGUUCCUCGUAA